AUGACACAAGUAGAAAACCAUGAAUUUAGCAAACUGAAACAAGAUGAAGUAGCUAUAGUUAUGGUUCCAUUUCCAUCUCAAGGCCAUCUUAACCAACUUCUCCAACUUUCAUGUUUAAUCUCCUCCUAUCAUCUUCCUAUCUAUUAUGUUGGUUUGGCAACACAUAAUCAUCAAGCCAGGAUUCGAGCUAAGGCGUUAAAUCCUUCAAACAUAGCCAAAAUUCACUUCCAUGACCUUCCAAAUCCUGAACUAAUAGCCUCAUCAAAUCUUGAGAAAGUAAGGGAUGUUUCUAUGCUUCUUCGCGAUCCCAUUGCUUCUUUCAUACGCGAUAUUUCAUCAAAAGUAAGACGAGUCGUUGUUGUUCAUGAUCCUAUGAUGUCUUACAAUGUACAAGAUGUUUCUUCUUUGCCCAAUGCUGAAUCCUAUAUAUUUAACUGCAUUUCAGUUUUCUCAUGCUAUAUUAUGAUGUGCUUAUUUUUAAAGAUUUCUGGCCAACAUGAAGAAGAAUUGCUUAAAAAGCUAUACUCCUUUGAAGGAGUUACAACAGAUGAAGCUAUGGACUUAUCAGAUUCUCAACAUCCAUAUAUGGAUAUUAGAUCAGGUGAUAUCCAUAAUACAAGUAAAGUAAUUGAAAGCAAGUAUAUUGAUUUGAUGGAACAAGCAGAAAUUAGUCUGAACAAGAAACAAUGGGCAAUUGGACCUAUUCUGCCUACUAAACUCGAUUAUAUCUCGAAUAGGGAGAAUAUAUGUUUGGAUUGGCUUAACAAACAACCUCCAAGAUCAGUUCUUUAUGUAUCUUUUGGAACAAUAAAUUCAUUUUCUGAUAGACAAAUCAAGGAGCUCGCGAUGGGAUUAGAGCAGAGUAAACAGAGGUUUAUAUUGGUGCUGAGAGAUGCCGAUAGAAGAGAUAUCUUUAAAGGGGAAGCUAGAAAAGUUGAAUUGCCUGAAGGAUUUGAGGAAAGAGUAAAAGAGGUCGGGUUAGUGGUAAGAGAAUGGGCACCACAACCAGAAAUCUUGGCUCAUUUGUCUACAGGCGGGUUCAUGAGUCAUUGUGAUUGGAACUCUUGCUUAGAGAGUAUUAUUAUGGGAGUGUAG